ACUAAGAAUAAAUCCAAAGACAUUAGUUUCCUUGCACGAAAUGAGCAGGUUACCUAUCCAGUAACCUUACAUGAAUUAUACAAACAACUUAAGACAUUUUUUUCUUUAAAAGGGAAGCUUCAAGUUCUGGUCUCGGCCAAAAUGAGCGAAACUUCUUCCACUAGUUAUUCCGUGAUUCAUCCAACCUCUUCUGAAGGUCAAGGUCCUUCUCCUCGCCAUUUGAGCGUCAUGCAUCCUGUUGUGGCCAAAAAGAUCAGCUUCUACAAAAGCGGAGACCCGCAAUUCGGUGGGGUCAGGGUGGUGGUCAACCCUCGUUCCUUUAAGACAUUUGAUGCUUUGCUGGAUAACCUGUCAAGGAAGGUGCCCUUACCUUUCGGGGUGAGGAACAUCAGCACCCCUCGGGGAAGGCACAGCAUCACACGCCUGGAGGAGCUGGAGGACGGCGAAUCGUACCUGUGCUCCCACCGGAGGAAGGUGCAGCCGGUGGACCUCGAUAAGGCCCGCCGGCGCCCGCGACCCUGGUACAGCAGCCGGGCCAUCAGCACGCAUGCGCACAGCUCCCCACCCACGGCGCCCGCCGCCGCCGCUCCCGGCAUGCUACGCGCGCCGCGGAGGCUCGUGGUCUUUAAAAAUGGCGACCCGAAGACGAGGCGCACGGUCGUUCUGAACCGAAGGGUUACCCAGAGCUUCCAGGCCUUCCUGCAGCACUUGAUGGAGGUCAUGCGGUUCCCGGUGACCAAGCUGUACGCCACGGACGGAAGGAGGGUUCCCAGUCUCCAGGCUGUGAUCCUGAGCUCUGGAGCUGUGGUGGCAGCAGGAAGGGAGCCGUUUAAACCUGGAAAUUAUGACAUCCAGAAGUAUUUGCUUUCUUCAAGAUUACCAGGGGCCUCUCAUCAUGUGUAUACCAAGGGAACUGCUAGGUCAGAAAGAAGAAAGAUGAGCACACAUGUGCCUUCAAGCCCAAAGUCCCAGAUUUAUUCUGUUUCUUCCAACAAAAUGCAUAGUAGUGAUUGCUACUCAGACCAUUCUUUUGCUUCUGAAAAUUACUUGGCCUUAGAAAAAAAAGAUUCUCAGAAUUUAUUGAUAUAUCCUUCUGAAGAUGAUAUUGAGAAAUCAAUUGUUUUUAAUCAAGAUGGCACCAUGAUAGUUGAGAUGAAAGUUCGAUUUAAGAUAAAAGAGGAGGAAACCAUAAAAUGGACCACUGUCAGUAGAGCUGGUCUUUCUAAUAAUGAUGAAAAGAGUGAAGUAGGCAGUUUUCCAGGAAGAACAGAUGAUUGUUCCUCUGGUUUAAAGAUUGCAGCAUGCUCAUUGUCUGCAGAUGUCUCAUCUCUGAGGAAAGGCCAUGAUCAAGAGGGCAGUUUGGCUGAGGAGAUAAACACUCAAACGACAGCUCUAGAGGCUGAAACUUGCACAUCUGCUAGUUGGGAGAAUGCUGCUAUGGACACAAACACCCUCCAGGAAACUCAGGAUCAAGCGAAGCAUCAUUUUUAUCGGCCACCUACACCUGGGCCAAGGAGGGUGAGACAAAAGAAAUCUGUGAAGGGGCGUGUGACCUUGGUAUCUGAAACUGAAGUUCAAGAGGAAAUGAUUGGACAGUUUUCCUAUAGUGAAGAAAGGGAAGACGGGGAAAACAAAUCUGAGUAUCACAUGUUUACACAUUCCUGCAGUAAAAUGUCAUCAGUAUCUAACAAACCAGUGGUUGUUCAUAUCGAUAACAAUGAGAAGAUAGAGGCAUCUUUAGAAAGGAAAAAGGAAAGCAGACUGCUCAAGUCAGGUGCAGUACAUGCUGAUGUUGUAGAAAUUACAAGUGAAAAGGUGUUAGAGAUGUCUCAUAGUAAUGGCUUGCCACAGGCUGCAUCGGAACAUUCAGUUGUGGAGGAAGGUAUAGUUAAUAGUGUAACAUCAGACAACAAAACUAGUAUCAAAAGCUUAAGACCUUAUGGUAACACCAGUGAUAGAUUCGGUCCUGUUUUAGCAGAUACAACUCAUUCUUUAAGUAAUGACUCUGGAACUGACAUAACUAUUUUUGAGACCCCAGCUUCAGUAGGGUCCUCCACUGUCACCACAAGAAUUGACAGACUAAUUAAUGAAUGUGCUCAGCGUGAUUUAACAAAAUUUCCAGCAAAUGAAAAGCAGAUUUCAUCAUCUGCUGCCAGCAAAAAGAAGAUGAAAUGUCAGCAACAAGUGAUAAACUCCAGGCAUCAGGAUGGGAAGGUUGCAACCAAAGCAAUUCUUAGUAAGAGAAUAAACAAAGGAGGUAGAAUUGCACAGGAAAUCAGAUUAAAGGAUUCACAUGGUUCCCUUAAAAGAGGAAUACUUUGUAAGGAAGAUCUCCAUGCAAGUGAUAUGGUAAUAGAAUCAAAUUAUUCUUGUUCCAAAAGUGAUCUCAGUCCUGUGAAUCCCAAGAAUAUCCACGUACAGAAUCCUACGAAAGUUCAAGGACUUUUAGCCAAAAGAAAAUCCAGACCACUAAAUAAAGUAAGUUUAGGAAGACCUGCAAAAAAUGAAAUUGGUCAAGGAGAUAAAGUAUUUCCCUAUAAUGACUUUAGGUGUUGCAAAAAUAGUUUUGGAGAUCAAAAUUUAUUUCAUGUGUUUAACUUCCUUGAGCAAAACCCCAAUGCUUUUUGUGGACCACAGGCUCAAGCAGAAGUAGCAUCUUGGUAUUUGAGAGGAAGGACAAAGAGAAGUGUAGUUUCAAAAGUUAAUAAUUCACACAUAACUUUGAAAACUCAGAAAAAACAAAAAGGAGAUAAGUUGAAAUUAAGUACUACUAUAAGUAAACAACAUGUUACAACCAGGGCAAAUUCCUUAGCUUCUUUGAAAAAAGCUGUUUCUCCUGAGGAUUUUAGCCAUCAUUCAGUUCAAAAUUAUAUACAGAGAUGGUUGCAGAACAUAAAUCCACAUCCAACCUCGCAACCUAGAAAAUUAGCUCCAGUACGCAAAAAGGAAAGGAGUGUGGUAAGUUGUAACAAUGGUAGUUUUGCAGAAACUGAUUCCCACUCAAGUUCUGGAAAAGGAAAUAAUUCUGUUAGGGAAAGUAAUAAACAUGUAAGUAAAAAUGCUGGUUUGGCAGGAAAUACUCUAGGUAAAAAAAUAGGUAAAUCUUUUGACAAAGAUACCAGUGAAGAACUUACUGAAGAUCUCUGUGACAGCCAGGUUGAAUCUCUGAAUGAUGCUUACUUACUUCCCUUGAAUGAAAAUUGUGCUGUGUCACAGUCAGCUAUUGAUGAUCAUAAUACUAAAAUCCAGGUAUGUGCUAAAAACUUAGGACCAGAGGUAAGCCUUGUUUACCAAGAAAUAAACCUAGCUACAAAAAGACACAGUGUGGAGGCUGCUAUUCAAGUAGAUCUUGUAGAAGACACUUCAAAAGACCUCUUACCAGUCCUGUUGCUUCGCCAACUGCAAGCUUUACUUCCUAGUAUUCCUAAGACUCAGAAUGGAGUUAUUCAAAUGCCAGGUUCACUUACAGAUACUCCCUUUCCUUCCCCAAUAUCUAAGUCAUAUACCAAUGUCCUUCUAGCUUGGCUUCUGGUGCUAACCUUAAAGGGAAGUAUAAAUAGCUUCUGCCAAAGUGAUGCUCACAAGACUACCACCAGAACUUCAGAAAUACUUGCAUUAUUAGAAGUCCUAAAGCAUACUGCCAUCACAGAGGAAGCUGAUGACUUGGAGGCUGCUGUUGCCAGUUUAGUGGAGGCCACCACAAAUCACCUUGGACUUGCUGAGAAAGAACAAGAUACGGUUCCAAUAGGACUUCCUGCAAAUUGUUCCACACCCAACAUUCAGAGAGUUUCUGAGUGCACUGAGAAUGAAAAAACACAGAAACUCUCCUCUAUAGAUGCAGGCUACUCUGCCAGUGAGGACCAUGCCUCUGAAGUCUGUGUUUCAGAGGUGACUUACUCUACAUGUGAGAUGUGCACUGGGAAUAAGUCUUAUCCUCCAAAAGAGGCUUGUAACCUCAGUGACGUUUUUUCACCUAUUGAUGGCCAUACCGUAGAUCAGACCUCCAUGAAUAAGGCUUGUCUCCUAGGAAAGGGCUGUUCACUUACUCAUGCUCUGUCUUCUGAUAAGGCUUGUGCUUAUGGGGAAAACUGUGUUUAUGAAGCAGCUUGCCCAAUUGAUGAGGCCUACAUUCCCCAAAAAGACAACAAUACCAAUGACUUUUUAAAGUCCAAAGAAAACACAUGUACUGAUAAUUUGGAAUUGACUGAAGAAUUAGAAAGAGUCGAUGAAGUUCAGAAAGACCUAACUAUUUUGGCAGACCCUGGGUGUAAACAUGGCUUUAAUACAUUGGUGUCACACCAAAAUAUCAGCAAAUUAAGCCACUGUGGCUUUCCCCUAAAUGAAACCGAACCAGAAUUUGAUGAGGAACAUAGCUCUCUGGCUGAAUUUAAAAAUUAUUCAUUGAAGAAAUUUCAGGGUCGAAAUGCAUAUGCGUCCUCCGAUAAGGAAGACUCAAAGACGUCUGAAGAACCAGGCUCAAUAACCAAUAGCUUGACAUCCAGUGAAAGAAGCAUUUCAGAAUUGGAAUCUUUUGAAGAAUUAGAAAACCCAGACGCUGAUAUCUUUAACACAAAGAUACAUGCAGAAGAACAGGCCACUGAAGAGUUGAUCCAAAAAGAAUUCGAGGCUAGUAAAAAUUUGGAAUUGGUGGAAGUCUCUAGCAGGAACAUUACAGGAGAAGAAAAAAGAAGUGGUGUGAUUGGUGAGACAGUCAGUAGGAGGCUGGAAACACCACCAUCUUUAGUUUUUUGCUAUGAUUCUAAGCAAAAUAGUGAAAAGGAACUCAGUGAAGGAGAAACGAAAAUGAGAGUAAAAAUGAUGGUGAGAAGCAUGGAAAUUGGAAGUUAUUCAGAGUCCUCUCUUGAUUUUAAAAAUUGCUUCACAAGACCAGUGACUUCUGAUUGGUCAGACUUUAGACAGGACAGUGAGAAUGAACAGCCAUCCAGCCAUGGCCCCAAUGGCAGUUGUGAGGAGAUUGCCCAAGAGAAAGAAUACAAUAAAGGGUUUGUUAAAAGAACAAUUGAAAAACUUUAUGCUAAAGGGGAGAUUAUUAAACCAUCUUUUUUUCCUGGGUCUACACACAGAUCUCAGGUUUGUCCUUAUAAUUCUAUGGAAUUUCAGUGUUCUAGGAAAGUAGGUCUUUAUGAUUCUGAAGGUCAGUCAUUUGGCUCUUCUCAACAGGUAUCUAGCAUUUCAUCUGUGUUGCAGAAAUUUCCAGAAGAAGGCCAACAUAAAUGUGACUUUAAUGGUGUGAGGGCCAAUUAUCAUGGGGGAGACAUUGUAGGACGUGGUACAACACAAAAUGAUCAUCACAGACUUGUCAGAGAUCUGGAGGAAGCAGUACUGAUUGAUAAAGGCAAGUGGCUUCUGAAAGAAAAUCAUUUGUUGAGAGUAUCAUCUCCUGAAAAUUCUGGCUUAUGUGGCAAUGCAGACACCACAUCAGUGGAUACUCUACUUAAUAACAGCACUGAUGUACCAUAUUCACAUUUUGGAAGUUUGGCCCCAGGACCAAACAUGGCUGAGCUAUCCUCUUCAGAAUUGGAGGAACUGACUCAGCCCCUUGAACUGAAAUGCAGUUAUUUCAACAUGCCUCAUUGUAGUGACUCUGAGCCUUUUUGUGAGGAUUUGCUAGAUGUUCAAAAUAGAACUUGUGCCAAGGAGAGAAUGCCCAAUGAUCAUGCAGAGGAGAAAGCUAGUCAUAAGUCAGAAAGAGUAUGUACAUCAGUCACUCAGGUCUUCACGUCAGCUGGUAGCAAAGUCCAUCCUGUCUCUGAUGAUACUAUUAAAAACCAACCGUUGCCUGGUAAUAAUGUAAUUCAUGGUGCACUUCAGGAAGGGGACUCUCUGGAUAAACUCUAUGCUCUUUGUGGUCAGCAUUGCCCAAUACUAACUGUUACCAUACAACCUAUAAAUGAAGAAGACCGAGGAUUUGCAUAUUGCAAAGAUUCUGAUAUUGAAAAUUUCCUGGGUCUCCAUUUGUGGAUGAAAAUGUACCCAUAUUUGCUACAGUCGAACAAAACCGUGUUUAGAGAUAAGAACGAUAAAGCAAGUGGUAGAAAAGCAUUUAUUGAUAAUGCCAUUGAUGAUACCUUUAAUCGGUUUUAUUUUAAUAAUACAUUUGACUUGAUGGAUAAAAGGAAAUUAAGAAAAUUAAAAAGAAUUAGCUCCUUGGACUUAGAGGAAGAAAAUAAUUUAAAGAAAUUUCAGUUAUAUUUAAAGAAAACGUUUUGUGUGAACCUCUUGCACCCAUCAUUGUUGGUUGUAGAUAUUGUGAAUUCAAAUACACAGGACCCCAGCAGUCAGACGAAUGAAAUCUUUCAAGUAGUUGAUGAGAAUAACAACUUAUUACAUAACAGAUUCCAGAACUCAAGAACAAAUCUCAACCAAGUAGUAAGAGAAAAUAUCAACUAUCAUUUCUUUGAAAUGCGUGGUCAAGCCUGCCUAUUUUACAAAGUUGAGACACCUUUAAGUAUUAGCAACAGAAAUAUAUUAGAAAUAUUUUACGUAUUUGAGGAUGAAGAUCUUUUCAUUUGGGAGGAGGAAAACCAAUUUGACUGAUCUUGAAAGCACUGAUGAACAAGAAGAUUUAUAAUUUUAAUAUCAGCGCCGCCUUUUUAAAUCAGUGCAUUUCCCCCCUCAUAAUAUGAUGAAACACAAGGGAUGGAUAUAGACUAGAUAACCUCUAAAAAUUUCCCACUUUAAAAUGAGCUUACUCUAGAAAGCUUGCACUUGGAUAAUCUUGUUUGACUUUAAGUAUUCCACUGUUCUUUAUUUUUCCAAAAAUAACAGACUCAGUUUUUAUUGUUAUUUUUGAAUUUUCUGUGUGUCUUUUCCCUGAGUGUACAUAAUUUCCUAUAACUGUGGGUUUUCUUCUAGGACAUCACAAAUGUCCUAAGGACAGGAAUUAUAUCUUUUUUCUCUGUUUAUAUUGUCUGUUUUUUUUGUAAAAUGUAUAUUGGUGAAUAAAAUAUAUUGGUGAAUAAAUGGAAUAGACUUAGCCUCAAAUGUACUUCCUUUAUUAAUUUUAACUACUGAUUUAAUAAAGGUAUGAUUGUAAGGUUUAUACAA